UUUCUUGUAGCCUGUGGGCGUCUCCGCGGCCCGUGGCUUCGGCCCCGCCCCCGGCCCUGCACCUGGGUUGGGGUCCUGGGUCCCCAGAGAGGUGAGUCGGCAGCUGGUGGGCCUGCUACCCUUCGCAGCUUGGGAUUCUAGUGUCGCAGGCGUCUGCUGGAGCUCGGAAUCUGCCGCACCACGGAGCCCCGCGCCCGUUUGUCACAGCUGCGCCAGGCCGGGGGCCAGCUGGGCCUGCGGGGCUAGCUGCACCGCGCGCUCGCGACCCCCAGCCCGCGCUGGCUGUAGGUGGUGUAUUACACCGAAAUGCCCGAGGUCCAUGUGAGCCGAGAUGCGGGAGAGUUAGUGCUAGCUACCUGUAAGACAGCUUGAACUUUUCCAGGGGAUUCCUCCUCCAGCCCGUUAGGUCAAACUGCUCAUUUCUUGUGAAAUCGUGUGUGCUUAUUACCGAAAUAAACGAAAUAUUUCCCCAGUUCAUUUUUAGAAUAUUAGGUCUUUUCUCUUUUACGAGACAAUUUUUUGGUUUUGUUUUAACUGACGGGAAAACAAACUCCUCCUACGCCCAGGGAUUGUUGUCGUCAGAGUUUGGGGGUAAAGACUAGCAAAUGAGAAGGCCCUGUGUCUGUAUCCAUACUAACGUCCCCAGAGGAGCUUUGUUUCUCCCACCUUUCUAGCAUUCAAAGAAAAUUCUCCAAGGUCAUGUUCCUGAAGGCUUGACCAAUUUCCAAAGAGAGAAAUUGUUUCCUGAGCCCCCAAGAUGGCAGCUAAAAUGGAGAUAACUUUGAGCUCCCACAAUCAGGCUUCCUCCAAACAAGAGAGACACAUAAUAACAAAGCUAGAAGAGAAGCGGGAGCCCAGUCCGCCAAAAAACUGCCCGGAUCCUGAACUCUGCCGCCAGAGCUUCAGACAGUUUUGUUAUCAAGAGGUGUCUGGACCCCAAGAGGCGCUCUCCCGGCUGCGACAGCUCUGCCGGCAGUGGCUGCAGCCUGAGCUACACACCAAGGAGCAGAUUAUGGAGCUCCUGGUGAUGGAGCAGUUCCUGAUCAUCCUGCCCCCGGAGAUCCAGGCUCGGGUCAGGCAUCGAUGUCCAGUGAGCAGCAAGGAGAUUGUGACCCUGGUGGAAGAUUUUCACAGAGCAGCCAAGAAACCAAAGCAGUGGGUGGCCGUUUGUGUGCAGGGGCAGAAGGUACUGUUGGAGAAAACUGGAUCUCAGCUUGGAGAACAGGAACUGCCAGACUUUCAACCACAAACUAAGAGAGAUCUCAGGGAGAGCUCUCUGGAGGAGUCUUCCCAGGAAGAAUCUCAUGAGCAGCUGAGCCCCCAACAUUGGGAGAAAUCCCAGCACCUCCAGGAACCAGCCCCCAAGUUAUCUGGGACAGAGGCCCCCAGAAUAAGAAGUGACAACAAGGAAAAUCCACAACAGGAAGGGGCCAAAGGAGCAAAGCCAUGUGCGGUGCCAGCUGGCAGAGCCAAAGGGAAUGGUCUGCAGAGCCCGGAAGCGAGGGGGGCAAACAUGUGUGAGCCCUGGUUGCCACGGAGGCAGGUCAGCCCCCCAAACUCUCAGAAGCCAUUUGCUCACUACCAGAGACAUUGCAGGGAACUGGAAUACAUCAGCAGCCCCCAAAAAGGCCACCCACUGAGGGGAUUGAGGAAAAACAAAGGUGGAAAAAGAGGCCUGAGCAGUUGUUUGCAGCGGCUGGGUCACCAGGCCACCCGCUCUGCCAAGAAACCUUACAAGUGUGAUGACUGUGGGAAAAGCUUCACAUGGAAUUCAGAGCUGAAACGACAUAAGAGGGUACACACAGGCGAACGGCCCUACACCUGUGGGGAGUGUGGGAACUGCUUCGGGCGGCAGUCCACCCUGAAGCUGCACCAGAGGAUCCACACUGGUGAGAAGCCAUACCAGUGCAGCCAGUGUGGGAAAAGCUUUCGCCAGAGCUCAAACCUUCAUCAGCACCACAGGCUUCACCAUGGGGACUGAAGGCACCGCUAGCUUUUCAGUCACAAGGAAAGGCUUUGUGUUUCUCCUACUACUACUUGCAUGUAAAUCACAGACUGACUGGUGACUUGCAAGGAGAGCAAGCAGCCCUUAGGGGGUAAUGGUGCACAUGUGGCCAGCCAGUGAGGGGGCCCCAUGAUAGGCUAACCAGGGCCCAGUAGCACAAGGUGACAGGGUAAAGAGACAGCAAGUCUGGGUGUUGGGAUAAAGAGGACUGCAGUCGCUGCAAGAGGUGGGAAUGACAGUGGAGGGAGAAUCAGGAUGACCAAGCAGGUGGCCCCUUCCUAUUACCCCAUCUGUUGUUUUAUAUCCUCCAAAAUAUAUCAAAGCAUAUAGAGUUAUGCAUUUGCUGUCAUUCCACACAAGUUACUCGUGUGUACACAGUUCAGCAUUUUACUAUAACUUAAAGUCAAUAUUCAUUGGAAAAUGUGUGUGGUGGUGCCUGCCUAUAACCCCAUCACUUGGGAGGCUGAAACAGGAGGAUCACCACAAGUUUGAGGCCAGCCUGGGCUACAUAGUGAGAUCUUGUUUCAAAAAACAAAACAACAACAAAAAAUCAUUGGAAAAUAAAUCUCUAAUGCUCUUUUUUAAAUUCCUAGAUCUUCAUAACAAAAAAUCAAACGAGAAUAUGUUCACAUUGAUAUGAGGAGAGGUUGCCUAGUAAAUGGACAGUGCUUUUAUCAAAAAACAAAAAGGUGCCAGGUGCCAUGCCACAUACUUGUAAUCUCAGCUAUAUGGGAGGCUGAGGCAAGAAGAUCACAGGUUCAAGGCCAUCCUGGGUGAAUUAGCAAAACCUUGUCUCAAAAAAUUAAAAAGGGCUGUGGAUGUAGCUCAUUAGCGCAGCCCUGGGUUUGAUCCUCAGUAUUGUAAAAAUAAAAUAAGUUGCAUUUGAGGGAUCUUUCUAUAUCAAAGCACUUUUGAAUUUAUAAAAAGAAAAUUCACAUGCUACCACAACCCUGGUACAAGAGAGGGAAAAGCUAACAGUGAGGAAUAGUAGAGGGUAAAGGCUGCCCUGGGGAUAUAAGAAUUGUGCCUGCUCUCCUUUCUCACCUAGUUCUUUGACUUCAAAGGGAUGGUUGUACAACUCAUUGACUACUAAAAAUUAUUGAAAUGGGUUAAUUUUAUGAUAUGUUAAGUGUUCCUCAAAAGCAUCUUUUUAAAGUGAAAAAAUAUAUUUAUAUAACACAUCAGAGUCUGAGAGCUAGGCCUGGGAGAUCACAUAAUUUUACCCACCUUGUUUCUCAAAGUAGGAAUUGCGACCUGAUCGGCAUACAAUUCUAGAUCACCCUGGGCAAGCUGGCCCAUUUGUCAGGUUAGAGGAAACGUCUGGAGAUUGGUGCACUACCUCAUGCAGAAAUAGGAGCAGGUAACAUUCCUGCUAAACACCUGCAUCGUUGGGUCUGUGCCAGUCACCUCAUGACUGCAGCCUGUGUUCUGUCCCCCAAAAUCCACAUUCCUCCUGACUGCCAAUGGACUAGUGCACACUUGGGGCCUUGGCACACACUCUUCCUUUUGCCUUUUGAUCUUCCACUUCUCCACUCUGUCUGCCAUUCAUCUUACCAGAGCUGUUUUCAUGAAGAUCUAGGCUGACUUCUGUAGUCAUGGCUCAGUAUCCCUGCCUGGAGAUACUCAGCCUGGCAGUGGUCUUGCCCACCAGGGGACAUCUGGCUAUGCCUGGAGACAUUUUGGGUUGUUAUGACUUAAGGGAAGGAGGGUUGGUCCUGGCCUCUGGUGGGUGGAUGCUGCUCCAGGUCCUCCAGGACACAGGACAACACCCACAGCACUCACCUGGCCUGUCACAUCAGUGGUGCCAGUGUUGGGAAGCUCCCACGCUCUUAGCAGUUCUUCUGGACAAUGUGUUUUACAUCAUUUUAGCUUUUGUUCUUGGCCCAUGCCCCACCCAGGAGAAAUAGGUGUUCAGGAACUUGGGUAGUUGAGGCCUCUGACCUCAGGGCCACUUCUGGCUGAAUUCAGAGAUCCUCGUGAAUGUCAGAUUCACGGGCAGUGUCUGUCCUUUGGGCAGAGGUUUACUGAGAGACCAUUGACCUUCCUAGCAUUUGGUGUCCCUGGUGGGUCUAAACAAAGGUCUAUUUUUCAACUACUAUGAUAAUUUAUGGGUAAAUUUUAUCUUCAGUAUUCAGCCUGCCCCUCACCUCACUCCAGCCUUCAGCCUGACACUGGUCAAGGCAUCUCUUUCUCACUGUUCUCCCUCACCCUGCCCCUUUUAUCCAGGCCAAUUUCACUGUCAUCUCUGAGUUACUUCUGAUUCUUAGUCACAUCUGUGUGAGUUUCCUGUUGAUGCUAUGACAAAUGACCUAAAACAACACAAACAUCUCUUACAGUUCAGAGAUCAGAAAGCCAAAGUCAGUUUCACUGAGCUGAAAUUAAGCUGAGGGCAGGACUGAUACCUUCUGGAGACUCUGAGAUGAAUCUGAUUCCUUGAUUUUUCUUCAGCUUCUGGUAGUGACCUACAUUGUCUGCCUUGUGGGCCCUUCCUCCAUCUUCAAAAUACGUUCCUCCACUUUUCUGUCAAAUCACCUUCUCUGACACUGGCUCUCGUGCCUUCCUCUUACAAGGAUUGUUAUGAUUAUGUCGGGCACCUGAGGAUAAUCGUCCCCAUCUCAAGAUAAUAACAUCUGCAAAGUCCCUUUGCCAAUAAGGUAACAUUUGCAGGUUUCAGUGAUUAGGAUGUGGAUAUAUUUGGGGACCAAGAUUCAGCCUACUGCACAUCUAUCUUGAGUCAGCUUAGUCAAAGAGGAUUUCCUAGAGCAGAAACAUAGUUCCACUUCACCACUUCACUUAUUUAUAAGGCACAGGGACCCUCCCUAUGCUCCUCCCUUUCUCCCUUGUUUCCUUCUGUUGGUACUGGGGAUUGAACCCAGGGCCUUUGCUCUGAGCUAUAUACGUGGCCCUUUUAAAAUUACGUUUCCUCUCUUCAGAUUACCAGAUCAAUAAUUGUCUAACCUUAGUGUCUUUGGUGCCUGUUCAGCUGUGGACCUUGAAAAAAAUGUGAUAAAAUCACUACUCUGAACACUAUUCCUUUCCAAAAGGUGUCAAAUCUAUGAUGCUGCUUUGCCUUACUGCCUGGUUUUGCAAAAGUCCCACCUCCAGCCACGGGUCUCAUGGCCUGGAAGAAGGCCACUGAGUACUGUAUUCAGAAGUAGGGUUCCCCUACCCUCCUUGCCUGUGUAUGGGCCAUCAAAGCCUCAGCAUGAGACUCUGACCUGCUGACUUGCACUAGCCUCUGUUUGCAGCACCCCAAGGCAAGAAGAGCCUUUCUCCUUUUGUGUGUAGCUCUUGCCUGUAGAGAGGCCCCCUAGGUUCUGCUAUCUUUUCCAGGCCCUGCCUGACACUUCUCUGUGUUGGGGUAGGGGCUAGGGGAGUUCUUGCUCAGGAUAUCUGGUCCCUGGUCUUCCCUGGGGAGAUGGAUGGAGCCAGGAAGCACCAGCAGAGAGGUAGGGAUCUGCACAUACAGAUCUCUCUGAAGAGCAUUUUCCAUCUACAGGAAAUGAGUUAUAAACCCAUCCCAUAAUACCACGCUCAUUCCCAACAAAAUUAACAGUAGAUUCCUGACAGUACAACAGAUGUUGUUGAAAUUUCCUCACAUUGUUUCUAUAACAAAAAUGCUAUUUUUAAAAUCAUUUUAUUGAGAUAUUUCACACACCAGAAAAUCCAGGUGUUUACUACAUGUACAGUUCAGUGAUUACAGAGUGUAUUCUGUAUUCUGAGUGUGUGCAAGUUUCACCACAGUCUAAUUUUAGAAUACUUUUAGCACACAAAGAGAAAUAGCAUAACCAUAAGUAGCCAUUUCCCCACUAUUGCUUCCUUAACUUCCCUAUUGAGCAUGGUAUCUUCAAAGUUCAUUCAGGUUAUCAUAUAUAAGGACUGUAUUUUUUAUUGCCAUUGUACAAGUGGGCCACAUUUUGUUUACCCAUUCGUCUAUGGUGGUCAUUUGGAUUGUUUCAACUUUUUAGCUAUUGUGAGUAAUGCUGUGAAUACUGAUGUACAAGUUUUUAUGCUUUCAUUUAUCUUGAGUAUUUACAGUGCCUAGAGAUAGACUUGCUGGGACAUAUGUUAAUUUUAUGUUUAACUUUUCUAGGAAGUACUAAAUUGUUUUCCAAAAUGGCUGUACCAAUAUUAGAGUUAUAAUUUCUCUAUAUAUCAUCACCAACA